AUGUUCGUGUGCUCAUGCCUGCGUCCCUUGCUGCCCUGCUUUCGUACGCCUUCCCUUCCCCUGCGCAUCCUUCCCACCCCCCCUCGUUUCUCCCCCUCUUUAAAACAGCUCCUGCCCACUGGUGCGGCGGACAGUGUGUUGGUGGGCAUGUGGCACGACCUGGCGGAGGCGUUGAAGAAGGAAGAUCAGCUGAGGCGAGGCAAGGAGGCAGCAGAGGUGCCAAGUGACGCCAAGAUCCCGCGCAGCCGCAUGCAUGGUGAACAGGGUGGCCAACAACAAUUCCCCUCAUUCCCCAUCCCUGCUCCCUCCUCUUCCUCUCUCCUUUCCCUCUACUUGAUGUCUCCUUUCCCUCCCCUUCCCCUCCUCUUCCUCUGCCAUUCCCCUCCCAUUUCCCUCCCCUUUCCCUCCGCUUCUCCUCCCCCUCCCCUCUCAUUUCUCUCCACUUCCCCUCCCCUUCCCCUCUUCUUCCUUCCCCUUCUCCCCCAUUUCCCAUUCCCUUUCCCUCCCCUUCCCCUCCCGUUCCCCUCCCAUACCCUCCCCUUUCCCUCCCCUUUCCGUCCCCGUACCCUCCCGCUUCCCUUCUCCAUCGAGAGCCAGUGCCUGCUUCCGGAGGGCGUGCCCUUCACGAAUGUGAGGUCCCACGGGUCCUCACUCAUCGAGAGCCAGUGCCUGCUUCCGGAGGGCGUGCCCUUCACGAAUGUGAGGUCUCACGGGUCCUCACUCAUCGAGAGCCAGUGCCUGCUUCCGGAGGGCGUGCCCUUCACGAAUGUGAGGUCCCACGGGUCCUCACUCAUCGAGAGCCAGUGCCUGCUUCCGGAGGGCGUGCCCUUCACGAAUGUGAGGUCCCACGGGUCCUCACUCAUCGAGAGCCAGUGCCUGCUUCCGGAGGGCGUGCCCUUCACGAAUGUGAGGUCCCACGGGUCCUCACUCAUCGAGAGCCAGUGCCUGCUUCCGGAGGGCGUGCCCUUCACGAAUGUGAGGUCCCACGGGUCCUCACUCAUCGAGAGCCAGUGCGUGCUUCCGGAGGGCGUGCCCUUCACGAAUGUGAGGUCCCACGGGUCCUCACUCAUCGAGAGCCAGUGCCUGCUUCCGGAGGGCGUGCCCUUCUGCCAUGCCACCAGCGUCAAGGAGUCUGCUUUUGAGUCGACUCAAAAGCAAAACCAUGCCACCAGCGUCAAGGAGGCCGCAGCUCUACCUUACCCUUUUGGCCUCCCUUGA